CAUGUCUGACAAACAUUGAAGACUUCAGUAACAGAAGUUACAGCCUUGACUUAUGGAUAACUUUACUUGAAUCUUUACUGCAAGUAGUAACAAACGAUUGUCGUGAAUUUUCCAUAAUAACUUUUUACCAGACGCUGUUUAUGAAAUUUAGCAUUUAGCUAAGUUAGCAUUAGCUGACAUUUGCUGCAUCAACAAUGUUGGAAGAAACAGACAAAAAACAAAAAUUGCUCGUUGACACUCCACUGAGGAGCCACAGACCCACGAGUGCAAAAUCACAGGAUAUAUCUAAUGUCUUAGCGAGUAUUUUCAAGGACAUUUACACGAAGGACACCAGGGACGACGUUUUGCACAUCAUUGAGACAAAAAAUGGACAAAGCGGCUAUCAUGACAGAUAUGUAGAAGAGCUUCAGCAGGCUCAUUCUGAAUAUGAACAGCGUGUCAAGGAGGCUGACAUGCUGGAGGCUCAUAUAAUUCAGGCCAGAGCUCAGGCUGCAGCCAAAGAAAGCCGGGCCUAUGAGAAGAUGAGGGAGAACAUGGGAGAUUUUUCUGAUUAUCAGGACCUGUUGCUAAUCAAAUCCGCCUUCUCCUGGUGUGUAGACCAAGAUCUUCUCAAAAGAAAUGAUCUAAUCUCUCCAGAGGACUACUUACCAACACAAAAACUACAAGUACGAGCACCAGUAGCAGUGAAAUCCAAUCCUGCAAAACCCACCAUCAGCCAUGUCAUGCACACGUCCUGGAAACCUCAGGAUGAUGGUUACACACUGAUUUCAGAGAAGACUGUGUUAGAAAUGAAUGAAUUAGAUCACAGCUUGACCACCAUAUCCAGCUCAGAUAGCCAAAAGGGAAAAAGAGCCCCCGGACAGAAGCCAAACCAGAUCAAAGAGAGACCAAAGUGGAAGGAUGAGCCGAGUUCAAAGGUUCGAGCAGAGGCGUUGAAGAAACUUCAGAAGCUGAAAGAUCGAAACAGUUUCCUACGCAAUCCACGCUUCCUUCCCCCAAGUGCACAGCAGGGUGGCGGCUCCCUCAUCCAACCCAAAGCCAAAGUAAAGACAGAACAUAAAAGAACAAUCUAUGAGGAACAAAGCCAUGCUGAUGCUGAUGUUGUCCCAGUCUUCUUAGCAAAUCCCCCAGUGGUUACUUUUACUGACUACAGCAUGGGAUGUUUCUAUGAGACUACAUUGGAGCUGAAAAACGUAACUUCGUCAAGUCGCCAAGUCAGAGUCAUCCCUCCGACCACUCCUUACUUCUGUAUUGGCCUGGGGAGAUUCCCCAGCGAAGGUGGCAUUGUUGCCCCGGGGAUGAGCUGUAAGUACAUGCUACGUUUUGCUCCGGACUCCUUGGCCAACUACAAGGAUUUUAUAGUGGUGGAGACCCAGGCUGAAAAACUGCUUGUGGUGCCCAUUGAGGCAAGACGACCACCUCCUAUUCUCACCUUGCCACGAGUCCUGAACUGUGGUCAUUGUCUAGUUGGAGGAGUAAAGUUUGUUGAAUUUCUGUGCCAAAAUGUUGGACACAGCACAGGAACUUUCUGCAUCAUUCCCAAGAAUCAGUGGCCACCCUCAAAUAUUAGGUCUGUAGUCUAUACACAUUUUUCUGAGGAACCACCAUUUGCAGUGGGCCCUUCCCUGUUUGUGCUGCAGCCUGGAGAGGCCACAGUUGUGGAGGCGGUUUUCUUUCCCAGCAAUGCAGAGAGGAGCUGUCAGGCUUUCACUGUUGUUUGUGACAACUGCCAAGUGAAAGAUAUUUCCAUUGAAGGUGAGGGACAGAAAAUUGCUCUUGAGCUUGUGUCUGUAUCGGAGGAGAUGGAGCCUCCUGUGGUUGGAGAGGUGUGCGACCUCACCGCGGAGCACUUUGUGCGAUUCAGCUCAUGCAACCCUCAUUCUGUGCAGCAGAAGAUGAUUGUCAUUAGAAACAACGUCCACUUGGAGCUUCCUUUCCAUUGGCAGAUCAUGAAGCCCAACUUACAUCCGCUGCUUCCAGGGGAAACCCCUGAUUCUUCACAAAUCCAGCUUCAUUUAGCCACAGACGAGGCUUUCCACAUUCACCCCUCAGCAGGCCUCCUGGCCCCCUGCCAGGACAAUGAGUUUCAUCUCACCUUCUGUCCAAAAGAGUUGAAGGAUUAUCACAGUGUUUGUCACUUAGUCCUGAGUGAUGUUCCCCAGCUGCCACCAGAGCCCAGUGAGAACAGUGUCCUUCAGCCUGUGCAGACUGGCUCCAAGAUGAGCAACGUCAUUAUCAUGGAGAUAGAGAUCAAGGGGUCAACAGAACCAUACCAGAUCCUCCUUGAGCCUUAUGCCAUCAUCAUCCCUGGAGAGGUUUUUAUGGGCAUGACCACUCGCAGGCAGUUUAAGAUGUGGAAUCAUAGUAAAACCUUCAUCUUGUUUCAAUGGGAGAGGUUGAAGAGCAGCUGCCACAUAAUGGAAGUAGAGCCAUCUGCUGGCAGAAUAGAGGAGAACGAGUGCUUUGAUUUUGAUCUCAUCGUGACGGGAGGUAAACCAGAAAAGGUUGUGACAAGUUUGGUUUGCAAUAUUCAGCACCACCAUGAGCCUGUCACUUUGAAUGUAGAAGUCUCUUUUAAAGGUCCCAUAGUGACUCUCAGUGCUCCCAGUGUGGACUUUGGGCUUGUGCUGCUUGGUGAGCAAACUCAGACCACCCUCCUUCUCACCAAUACCACCCAGCUGGAAGCCUCUUGGACCCUUGGGGAGGGGCUUAAUGAUCCACAGUACCACAAAAAAACGCAGAUCUUAGUGGAGCCAUGCAGAGGUGUGCUGCCUCCCCUGGCUUCUCGCAGCGUGGAUGUGUUCUUUAGGCCACAUUUCUGCCAGCAGUUUGAAACAGAGCUGGAGCUGGCUGUGGAGAAUGGGACAGGAUGUCACAUCUGGAUGCGAGCAGAUGUGCAGUCUCCUCAGGUGUGUUUGUUAAACUGCAAGCUGGUCCUCUCUGAACUGUACAUUGGAGUUCCCAACAGAGGCAGCGUAACUCUUUUCAACCAGACUUUGCUGCCGUCACACUUCAGCUGGAUGGCCCAGCUCCAGGGUAAGCAGGCUUCACUGUGUACAGCAAGCUUUGACCCCUCCUCUGGUGUUCUGGGACCUAAUACAAGCAUGGAGAUCACAGUUCAUUUCACCUCUCACACAGAUUUGGAGCUGACUGAGGUGGCUGCUCUCUGUGAGGUUCAAGGGAUGAACUCACCACUUGUUCUUUGCAUUUUUGCUCACCAACCCAAAAAACUCAGCGUGUCCUACUCACUGCCUGGUGAAUGUCCUCCUGGGGAUGAUGGUCCUUUGGGACUGGUGCUCGACUUUGGAGAUGAUGUCAUUCUGAAAAGACCUGUGACCAAACAGCUGCUGAUAACCAAUCAAAGUGCUAUCCCUGCCCCUUUCACCAUAGAGGCAGAGUACUUCACAUGCCAUGCUUUGAAGCCAAAUAACCAGUCAGAGAAAAGAUUCAGACCUCUUCACUCUGCACAAGCAAAAAAAAUGGAAGCAAAAGCACAUGAGGGCUUUGUGAACAGCCUUCUGGCUCAUGGAAAAGGUGCAGCUUUCCUUGUGCUGCCAGACUCAGGGCUGCUGGGAGCGUUUGAAACGCAGACCGUGGACGUGACUGCUUACACUGACAUGUGGGGGGACUAUAGAGAUAACCUCAUAUACAAAGUUGGGGAACUUGAACCAGAACUUAUUCCCAUGCAGAUGAUUGUAAAAGGUUGUCCACUCUACUUCCAAAUGACAGGCCCACGAGCAGAUGACCAGCACCUGGGACCGACCAUACACUUUGGCACACACAUAUCUGGAGGUGAUACAAUUUCUCGAUCUCUACGUAUCAAUAAUCCCACCAUGUUUGACAUCCGUAUGGACUGGGAAACUUACAAUGUUGAACACAAUGAUAGUAAACUGGUGGAUGUUGUGGUGGCAUAUGGAGAAGCUUUCCCACUUAAAAAUGCUGAUGGCAACGAGGUGCCAAGAGGAGCGUUUAGGCUUUCUGACAGUAACAUUCAAACAUCGUUAAAAGAUACUCCCACUCUAGACUCUUCCCUCCAAAGUCUCACUGAUGUGGAAGAAGAAAAAGUUUUACGAGAUGACUGUAAGAGGGAAGAGGAAGCUUGUCUUUAUUCUUCUCCUGCAAAUAAAAAGCUCUUCUCUGUCCACAUCAGACCUCAUCUGGGCAACCUCUCAGAUUACCCCUACUGCAUCACACCCCAACAAAUAGUGAUUCCAGCAAAGAGCAAUGUAACUAUCCAUGUAUCUUUCACCCCUUUGACUCUCUCUGGGUCUGCUUGUGAGUCCAGAUGUGUGGGCUUGGCUCUGGGUUUCAUGAGCCUAGACUCCGAGAUGGCUGCUUGUGUCCCAGGUAAAGUUGUAAGGGCUCAGGGUUUGGAUUUAGAGCCUGUCAGGAUGGAUCUACUAGCAGCCGUCAAGCAUGCAGUGCUACUGGUGCAGAUGGAGGAGGACGGCAGAGUGUUGGAGUUUAAUGCAUCCGCCGGUGAUUUACUGAGUGUAGUUUCAGACAACGAGCUAGUUGUUCGUGAAUUAGAUGUCAUGCAGACCUUUCAGCUGAAAAACACACUAGAGAUGCCCUUACACUUCAGACUGGGGACUCGGUCUCCAUUUUCAGUGCUCAAGCCUCAACCCAGAGCUCAGACCAGCUCCUCCAGCAACCCCUCUAUUAUUAACGGUCAGGCUCUGGUGCUUCAGCCUCAACACAGUGUGCAGGUGAAAGUGGCCUUCCACUGUUCUGUGCCACUUCUGGACCAUGCAGACCAGGUAGAGGAGGAAGCCCCUCAUGGAGUGACACUGAUCCACACUGAAAGUGGUCAGAAGAAGCUGAGGUUCCAACAAAACCUCUUUAUCCACCACAGCAAUAACAGUCUGCAGAAGGUGCCUCUCCGUGCCCAUGUGGCUCUACCUACACUCAGUCUCUCCACUGACUGCCUCAGCUUUGGCUUCUGCUACGUCGGGGAAACACAAACCAUAGAAGUAAAGCUAUACAGCCAUGGAGCCCACACCUACUGGAAAUCACUUACAAAGUCAAGUAAAGGGGACUCUCAAGUGUUUAAAAUCACACCUGACUUUGGGCUACUCACAUCCAAGGAGCCCCACGCAACCAAAUAUCAACAGUAUCUGCAGAUCAGCUUCACUCCCAGUGAGGACAGGGAGUUCAGAGCGGUGGUGGUUAUCCAGUCUCCUGUGGUGAAGACCCCUCUCACUCUGCAGCUCCAGGGAACAGGAUCGUUUGAUGAGGUGUACAAGUCAACGUACGCAUCCGUGUGAUAUCAGUCAGCACCUAGUUUGCAGUAACUUUGUAAAGAAAUACAUAAAAUGUUAAUGAUCA